GGAGCCGGGCUGGCGCCUCAGCGGCCGGGAGGGAGGAAGGGAGGCCCCCAGGAUGGCGAUGCUGGCGGAGCCCCGUAGAAGGCAGAAGUGGUCUGUGGAUCCACGAAACAGUGCUUGGAGUAAAGAUGAAUCUAAAUUUGGCCAGAAGAUGCUGGAAAAGAUGGGCUGGUCCAAAGGAAAGGGUCUUGGGGCUCAGGAACAAGGGAAUACAGAACAUAUCAAGGUUCACGUGAAAAACAACAUGCUGGGGUUAGGAGCAACCAUCAAUCACGAGGACAGCUGGAUUGCUCAUCAGGAUGACUUCAACCAGCUUCUGGCUGAACUGAAUGAUUGCCAUGGACAGGGUGAAACAGACCACAACAUAGAGGAGGACCUUUUGCUGGGAUGUGCUACAACAGCACUUGUUUCUUUGAAAAGCAGCCAGAGUGAGUAUGAAAGCUCACAACAAAAACAUUCGCCAUUGCAACGCGUUUGCCUUUGUUUAGCUAAGGAACUGUUGCAUCUGGCUUGCAUGCUCUGGUGGUUUCUUAACUGCCUACUUUUCCUGCCCUCAAAGAACUGCUUUUUAGCUUUUGACUCAGGGUUAUGCAUUUCUGUUUUGAAUGUGGUAUAAUGUGAUUUUUCUAGCCGUGAUGUAGAGCACACAAGUGGGGAAACUAUACAGCUUCCCCAAAAGAGCUAUACAUAAAGUCAUCUAAUUUUGAAAAGCUCUUGCUGUAUGUUCAGUCUGACCUUUGUUUAAAAAAUGAAGUAAUGCUUCAAUGGUGGGUGUAAGCUUACAGAAAGAACUGCACACAUCAAAGCUGGUUUAUCAUCUCUCCUUUAGUUAGACUGGUACAUCUCUCAAGUUCAGACUCUAACCGCAUAUCUGAACAAGCCUCUGUGGAGUGUCAUUAAAUCAAGAGGAUCUGCUGGACAGCCUGUCCGCAUGCUGCCAGUGGCAGAAUUGUCACCCUAGUGAAUUCAGCAAGUAGAGAGCAGAAGAUUUUCUAGGAGAGGGAGGGUAGAAGGAGGAGGAGGAAAGUCAGUUACAAGAAGGAUCAAAUUAGUUGUUUAGGGAAAAGUUUAAUUCCUUGACUCUUGUAGUUGGUGACAGUCCAGAAAAUGAGGAUUAAAAUUCUGGAUCUAAAGCUUAAACUUUUUUUAAUUGCUAUGUUAGUCAUCCUUGUGCACUGCAGCCCUAAUUGUGAUCUGAGGCCACACAGUGCUAGGUGCUGUAGUUAAAAUCCUAAAGCGGUAAAAUAGCAUAUUGUAGGGAAAUGCCGAAAGUUCCUGUCUGUCUUUAUGUAUAAAUCCUACCCAAGUUCCAACUUGAGCGAUGGGAAGAUCAGUUAGGUGUAACUGGUGGGAAACCUGCAAACUGAUGAGCAGAGAGCUGAAAUGACUUGCCCAAGGACACAGUGAGUCAGCACAGGGGCAGGUUCAGUGAGCAAGGCUGACUUGUUCCUAAACCUGUGCUGUAUUCCCUGGGUCAUCUGUACGGAUGCAAAGUGGCCCCCUAAAGCCCUAUUUCUCUCUGUCAUAUGGAGUUAUUUUUCCAUGGUCUUUUUAGCAACUGUGACAAGAGACUUCCAUCACUGAGGAUAAAUUUGGGUGCAAGUUGAAAGGUCCCAGUAGGAUUCAAGUUUGGUGAUUUACAGACCGCAAGCAUUGCUCUGAAACUUGUUUGGCUGUUGUUUAAGCUGGCAAAACUCAUCCAGAUAACUCUGCUUGCAGCCGUGCUCCAAGAUCAAAUGCUUGCCCAUGGUUAACCUGUUUUGCACCAAGUCCUUCUCUGCCAAGCUGCUCUGCAGCAGGUCAUCCCCAGGCUGUCCUGCUGCAUGGGCUUCUUGCUGCUCAGAGGCAGGACCCUGCACUUGCCUUUGCUCAGCUGCAGGAGAUUGCUCUCUGCCCAUCUCGCCAGCCUCUCGAGAGCCCUCUGAAUGGCAGCACGACCCUCCAGGCUGCGAGCCCCUUCUCCCGCUUCUGUAGCCUCAGCACACUUGCUGCUUUGAAAAGUGCAGGCCAAGGGCUUGUCUCCUUUCAGGCUUGCUGCGGCUCUGUGCAGCUGCCUUGGAGCCACAAAGAGCCUGCUUUUGUGUUGUCAGGAGACCCUCGUGCUGUAUGGGAUGCUCCCUGGCCACGGGCUUUCAGGCGGUGAGGCGAGCGUCUCCCCGGCAAGGCAGGGGUGAAGGCAUCCCCAUUUAGGAACAGGAGGUGUGCAUCUGCCAUUUCGUGCAGCACCUGAGAGCAGGUCUGCAGCUCCUGCCUGACAUCUUGCAAUACACUCGGAGGGAGAGCCAAUGCAAGGGGUGAGGAGGAGGUGGGAAAACAUGGCAGGAUUACCUGUGCUCGCUUCCCAACCCCCCCAUCAUGCUGGCCUACCCCGUUGUUUCCUCUCAAGCUAGGGGCUGCCAAGAGCUCGCCCUCCUAGUUACUGCAAGCUUUGCCAGAGACCAACCCUGCUCUGCAGUUGUUUCAUAGGAGUGCUUAGGGAGAUGUAACUUUUUGUAUAUCACUGAGUAUCUACUCUAGAGAGAGAAGUGUUUUGUAGCGAUGUGGCCAUCUCUGCUCUGCCUCGCCUGUUUGGUGGGACUGAGGCCAGAGCAGCCUGAGCUGGUACGUGACAUGGUGCGGAGGAGCGGGAGGCUUUGGGGGGAGCCUGGCACCAGCCUCCCUCGGCUGAGUGGGAUUGCUGGGGCCUGAGCUGAAGCUGUGCAGGAGGGCUGUGGAAAAAAGCGGCGCUGGAAGUGAAAGAAAUACCCCUUCGACAAGUCUCUAGCGUUCCCCUCCAGGCCCUCCUCCCUGGUGCCCUAGGGAGCGGGAGUGACGGCUCUUCUCUUUUGCACACCCAGAGACUUCUCCAAUGCCACGUCUCCUGGUGUCUGUCCCUCUCCGAGUGGGUGUGCACGUGUGCAUCGUGUCGCGGCAUGUCGUGUCCUCCUUGGAGUAGAGGCCUCUGCAAAGCUCUUGACUGCCCCUGCGGUUCCUUGCUGCCCUCCUAAGCCGUGGUGCCCAGGGGAGCAGGCUGGUGAAUGCCAGCCAAAGCUGGUGGGCUGCACGUGUUGUGUGAAGUCUGGGCUUUGUGCAACAGAAGUGGAGGCAGAGAAAAGGCAGGUGGAGGGCGCAGGGAAAGCUGAGUGUAGAAACCUGCUGCUCAGGGCCUGGAGGAAGAGGACAGGGUUGUUCCCUGUGACCAGUGGGCUGGAACUGCAAAGCCCCGGGCUGUGCAGGAGGCCUGAGGGGAAAGGACCCUGCAGUGAAGGAACCUUUCUGCAAGUCUUCAGCCUUUAUCACCAAGCUGUCCUCCCGGGGAAUCGCUCCUGCAGUUCUCUUGCUUUGGGCCUUACAAGUUCACAAAAUACUGCUGCAUCCUGUCAGCGUUGUGGGUGCCCCCCUGAAGCUGCAGGCUUUGCGUUUGGGCAGUAGCCUCUGUCAGGGCAGCUGGUGGGAGGAGUGUGGGUUGGCAGAAGGGUGAGUUUUGAGCGGCCACAGGAUCAGUUCUGUAACUGGCUGCUUGGCUGAAGAGCCAGUCUGAUUUACAGUGUGUGAAACCUCUUCCUAUUCUUCCAGGGAAGAUGAAGCAGAGCUCCCGAGAGUCCAAGUGUGCUUGGGAUUUGUGAACCAUUUGCUUCCCCUUUGUUCAGAGAGGUGAUAAAAAAACAGUGCUUCCCCCAGCACCCACACAGGCUCGUGGCUGGCUGUGUGCAUGUGAGCUGGCUGUGCCUCUGGGGAUGGGGUCACUUGGCCCAGCAGAUCGCCUUUCCCCAUGCAUUUUCCUUGCUGCUCUUUUCAGACUAUCGAUUGAAGGUGUUGCCUCCUCCUGUCAAUGUGGAGCCUUCUGCAGUUCCUCAGAAGCUUUCAUUUUUUGUCCUAGUGACACAGGCAAUAGGGACUGACUGCUCUCACAGUUCAGAGAGAAGUGCAACCAGAGCACCUAAGCAAGGGGGGCUUCCUUUCCCUGGAGUCAGGACUUGUCCUGGUGCAGAGGCACAUGGCAGCUGCAGGUGCUGCUGCCUGGCUACUGCUGGCAGAGUAGCAGCAUGUUAUCAUUUGCGGGGGUUUGCAACUGGAUAUGGUGCAUUAUGGGCAUUGAAACACUUGUUGGAUCAGAGAACUAAGCAAGUUCCCCUCAGAAUGACCCCGGUCACCUUCAUGGCUGCGUUUCCAAGGGACCUGCAUGGCUGAGGUUCUGUGCUGCUUGCCAUGGGAGACGGGGGCAUUCAGGCAUGCAGAGGGAAUGUGGACCAAGAAAGCAGCAUUUUGCGCCUGCUUUGCGCAGCCCUCAGUGCCCCUGGGCCUGCAGAGCAGUGGGGAAGCAGGCCUGCUGCCGGGAGCCCGUCUCAGCAGGGAGGUGUGUCAGAUGCCCUCCUCUCUGACCAGGUUCUGUCAGGUAUUCCACGCGUGGGAGGGGAACUCUUUGCAUUUGAAAUGAACAGGUCAAGAUCAAGGUGACAACAAAGAACAAGGCGGUGUUUAUUAACAGUAGGAGCAGAGCAGGUAGCAUCAUUCGCAAUGCACGGAGAGCUUUUGGUGACCAGCCUUUCAAGAUCUCAUCCCAAGGCUGUUCAGGCAGGCGGGUUUCCACUUUUGCUCACUGAAUCAGUUUGCUAGAUCAUCCCUCAUUUUUCCUUCUCUCUCUUCUCAGUGUUUUCCAGUUCUGCACAGACAUUUAGUGGCCUUGGCGGGGAUUUUUGGGAAAGCUGUCUAGUUGAUGGAAGGUCACUCCAAGUGUGACGGAGGUAUUAAAUGGUGCCAAAGAAGACAUCUUGUGUUCAGUCCCAGGAGAAGCUAAGCAGUACUUCUGCUUGGUGAUUUGGUCAAAAGCAGAUGUCCCAUUCCAACAGCUAACGUUGCCAACUUCACAGCUGACAUCAUCUUUGCAGGGAAUACAACUGAAGGUGCAUACCCAGAUGCCUCCCAAAGCAUUGUCAUAUGCUCGUCAUGUCUCGGUACCACAGGCAAGUUGCCGGGCGCAGGGACCAGCUGAGUGUUUCCUCCUGCCUAAUUCCAGAGCUCUGGGCGUGGUAGGACAGGUCAAUCCCUGCCUGCAUAGCCAGUAGCUGCAGUGCUGGCUAACCUCCUCAGUGCCAUGAGUACGGCAAUGCAAAUGAUCUCCUGCCAAGGCAGGUGCCCACACAUUCCCAUGAAAGACACUAGGAAUGACAGCAUCUUGGCCUCAAGCCAUUCCUUUUGUAUGAAUGUCCCUGAUGCGUCCAGUCCCUAGCAACAGGAAGAAGAGCUCUUUGGUAGCUGCAUUCUAAGGGCCUGUAAUACUUUUCAGCACGCAUAGCUUUUUUUCCCUUCUUGCGUUAAUGGCUCGGUUGUUAGCUGCCCUUCUUAGGCAGCUAAGAGCACUUUCUCCAAGGGAGUGUGGUUCUCCUGGCACCCUUGCCAAACUUUAGAGCCUAUGGCAACGGUGUAAUCCUUUCCGCCUUGCACAUUUUGUUGCCAUAAUCCCGCCUUGCACAUUUUGUUGCCGUAAUCCCAUGGGCAUGUAGGCUGGGGGGUGCCCCCUCGAUGGUCAAGCAAGCAUUUCCUUUUUGAAAGCACUUAAUGCUGCCUGGUGUUGAGGUUCCCAAUUCCGUAGGGAGCUUUUCCUCAGCAAAUCAUGCAGAGGUGCUACUUGAAUACGGAAUCCAGGAAAGUGUCACCUCCAAAACCCGCCAAGUUCCUCAGACAGGUCUCAAGGGUUUUGAUCUGAAAGUGUGGGAAUGUUUUCUAUCACCUCUCAUAUAGAUUCUGGCAGUGUUUUCCGUCCCCCUAUCCAUCGGGUGCCCAAGAAGGUGACCCCUGGGCUGGAUCCUUGACAGGAUUCACACACGGCUCCCAGUUGAUGUGCUGCAGGGGUCCCAGGGAAACUGCCAGGGGAGUUUCUUCCAGCAGGAACCGUGUGGGUUGUGGUUUCCACCUCCAAAUCCUUCUGUGCAGAACCUCGGGCCCUGAGCACAUGCCUUGGAGACACCUCUGCUGUGUCCUGUGCACAGCUGGUGCAUGGGCAGGGGGGCAGAGUGUCCUGCUUGGACGUGGUGGAUCUCGCGGCUGAUACUGUGAGGCCACAGAGGGAACUCUCGUGGUCAGGCAGGUCUAGGGAGGCUCUUCAUAAGGGGGGGUUCUUCCAGAAUUCCUCUGCUCCACCCUCCUCUCGAAACACUUCCUCCGCUGCCUUGAAAUGGGGCCUUGCUGAUAUGCCACAGGCAAGGGCUUUUCUUGUCUCCCUGGACAACUGUGCAGGAGAACUGAUUGUCUGUCCUUGGGGAGCUGUCUCUCUGGCAGCUCCUGUUUUCCCAGGCCCCCAGCUCUGGAGGAUUUUUGGGCACCUUUUCCUGCGGUUUGCCAAAGAGCAUGACACGCAGCGCUUUCCGAUGGCUCUGCCAGGUGUCCUGCCGUCCUCGGUGCACUUGAUGGAAAAAGCCUGGGGCCUCUUUCGAAAGGUCUUUUGUGGAGUAGAGGGUGAAAGUAGUGUGGAAGUGGGGAAGACGGAGGCAUCAGAUGAGGCAAGGAGCUGUGCAGGGAGCAGCUGGAGGCUGUUUGGGGCAGGGAGAGCUGUUUGAUAGCUGGGAAGGCAAUCCUGCACGGUGUUGUUCCAGUGCCUCCUUCUGCAACCUUAGCUGUUACUGCUGCCCUGGCAGUUUGCCCUCCCUCUCGCUGGCCUCCUGCUCCCUUGCCCAGCCUUCCAGGCGGUCGUGGCAGGACAGGUCUGGUUCUGAGAAGCACCUGUCCAUGCUGCUGAUGCCACUGGUGAAAUUGCUCAGGGAAGGGGCAGAGACGCAGGUAGGAUAGGGCCUGCGGAGACUGCUGCUCCUGCCCUUGGGCUGCUCCAGCUCCAACACGGGGGUGCUGCCUUCAGCUUGCGGCUCCGCGCUGUUGCAGGCAGAACCGUCAUGCUGAGGAGCCCCUGGGUGUCCUGUGGGGAGAAAGAGCCUGCUAGGUCUUUGUUAGGGGCCACCUGAAGAUACAAGGGGGCUUUCGCUGUGGAACCACGCACCCUAGGAAAACAAGGACCCCCGAGGACAAUGUCCUGUGAGAGUGCACUUCUAGGCCAGCGUUAGCAACUAGGAGAGGAGCAGAAGUGCACAGACGUUUCCCAUCUGGGAGGAAUGCUGUUCUGGGAGUGCUGUCCUUUGGAAAGUGUUCCAGGGGGCAACCACUGCACUACCAUGUUCAAGUGUCUGCAGCUCUCUGCAUUGCCACAGCCUUCUGUCUUCUGCUAUGCAAGGCAAGACUGCAAACCAGCAGCCCUGGCCUGGCACAACCAUCAGUGCCUCCUCCUACCUGUGGAGCUGUUGGUGUGCUCCGGUGACUCCUGGGCUGAGGGACUGAAGGGCAAGGUGAUGUCCUCCCCAAAUAUUGCUCGGCAGUUGUCUAUUAGGAACGCCACCAGGGCUGUCACCUGCACACAGAAAACCCGUGAUGUCAGAGAUUUGCCUGUCCUGUUGCACACAGUCCUGAUGUGGGGCGCCCCAAUGUUCAGAGGUGCUGCUUCGUUGAGCUUUGGCAAGGGCAGGGGGCUGUGCGGGGCUGGCCCCGAGCUGCGCCAAAGGCGGGAGCCAGGGGCUGAACUCCACAGACCUUGUCGUUCCUCUCCUUCAGCUCUGCCAGCGUGAGCACGUUGUCCGUGCAGGGGCUCAGCAUAUUUGGCCCCACGCAGAUCGCAAGGUUGCUGGUGUCCAUCUUGCUGGUCUCCACGUUUUCGCUGAUGUGACGCAGCACAGCGAGCAAGCGCUGCAGCAGCGGGAGGUUUGCUGUGGGCAGGCUGUCGGCCACCCUAGGGAACACAAACCAAAGGGAAGGUUAAAGAUGCAGGGCACAGGCACCGCUCUGCCUUCACGGGAGCAAGCUGGAGUGCCCUCCAAAAUGGUGGGACCGGUUCAAACUCUUACUCCUUCAGCUUGUCAAUUUUGUCCUGCUGGCUUGGCUUCUCCAGCGCUUGCAUCCACUCCUCGUAGAGGCUGUCCACGAGGAGUUUGGAGGGGAUAUCCCGAAGAAAGUCCUGCAAGGCCAAGGUCCUUUAGAGGAUGCUCUCAACAGUGCCAGUGAGCAGAGCAUCGCGGUGCCUUGGGCUCACAAGCAGGCAGGUUGCUUUGAGCUGCCUGCUCCCAAAGGUGCUCCUGAGCACUGAGAGCGCGGGGGGCUGUGCGAGUGCGUGCCAAACGCACUGGUGUUAGUGCAGGAGCAGGACCCAGCUCCUAGCUGAGCCUUUGGUGCAGCCCUGAGUCUCCGUGGUCCUCCCUGAGGAGAGGAGGAUGCUGAGGAGGAGGUGGAGGAAGGGAGUUUCCCAUGGUCAUGCAGGGAAUCAGGGGCAGAACUAGGGCAGCUGACAAUCUGAGGGGGAAGAAAAGUGCCACAGUGUCCUGAGCCUGAAGCCCGGAGUCUGGCUUCAGUAGGCUUUUAGCUUGGAGUGCCACCGAGGGGAGUGGAGGCACUGCCAGGAGCCCAUGCACAUGAGGCACGUGCUCGGAGAGCUGUGUGCUCUGCUGGUGCAAGGAAUUCACCUUCAGCACCACUGCCAGGAGGUGCACGGGUCUGCUGUCCAGGUCAGCGCUCUUGCCCUGGUUUAGGACCUCCUUCAGCUCCUUGCGGGCCUUCUCGCUCGCCGCCUUCCUGAAGAUGCCCUCGGUGGCAGGCCCUUUCUCAUACAGUAUAGCCAGGAGCUCCUGCAGGAAGGAAUGGACAGGUUUGGACUUGGGGGCACACUCUGCUUUGCUUGCCUUAGUAGCUCCUUCUCGCUCCACGUCGAUCACACUGGCAAUAACCUGGUAUUUCCUAGGCACCCGUGCCAGUGGUGUGGGCUGGAGCAAAGCCGCAGAGCUGGCCCCCGUUCCCCCCGGGGCUGGGACCUGGCCUGCAGGCCUUGCGUGUCAGCAGCGCGUGUGGAGGGGGAAGCCCCAAAGCGCCUCUCUCUUGAGAGCCCCAGCACAAGUGCUGGGCAGGCUGUGUCGUGCGAGAGGCCCGAAGCAGCGUGCCUCUGUGGGCAGGCUUGCUUACCUGGACUGGCUGGGGCAGGCCCCCGUCUUGCCCGCAGAGAGCUGCCAGAGGCUGGCCAAAGAGAGCCGCCCUGGGGCCAGAGGCGAGCUGCCCUGGGACAGGGCAGGCCCUGCUGGCAGGGGUUCCUCGCCGAGCAAGUGGCCAGGAGAUCACCUGCCUUCUUGCCUUCGCUCCCUCUGCUGCAAGCAAAAGCAAAGCCCAACUCAGGGUAGAAAACCUGGCGCAGAGGCUGCCUUUUGCGUGUGUGCGGUGCCCUGUGCUGCAGGGUCUCCCGCAGCUUGUCCGGAGGCGCCGAGGUUUUGCACGGGGGGAGGGAACAAGCAGCCUGUCCGAAGGCAGCUGCUGCCGUUCUUUCUCCGACUCACCAGCCGAGUGGCCAAGUGCCUCUUCGCCGUCGGAAGGGUCCAAGCGGGGGCCUUUCUUGGCGUCAGCCUGUGAGAAAGGGCUGAUGGUUACAGAGCCGCCCCUCCUCAGUGGGGGCCUCGAGGGAGCUGCUCAAGCGAUGUUGCUGCAGCAAUGCAGGCAUGUGGGAGAGGCUGCCAGGAAAAGCAGGGGUGGUCCAAGGGCUGCGGAGGAGAGGCUGGAGGUGCAGGCCUGACGCUGUGCCUCUGUGCCAUGGGGGCUGUGGCAAAGGCUGCUGCUGCAGCCAGCGCCCCCGAAGCGGCCCUGCAGCCCCCCAGCCCCCUGCACAGUUGCAGGCUGCUCCCUUGAUCCCGAGCAGCCCCCGUGCGGCACAAGGGGUCUGCACGUGACCGCAGGGACAGUCUGCCGUGCCGUGCUCUCCCUGGCACCAGGCAUUUGCUGCCUUUGCAUGUCCCAGGGAGCUGCCGCGCGGUGCGGAGAUCGCCCGCGUGCGCAGGCAGCCCGGGCAGGGCACAGGGAGCCCCUGCUCACCUCUACCGAAAUCAGCGUCUCCACGGUCGCCGCUGUCAGUGACAUCUCCUAGGCAAGAGAGCAAAGAGGCGCCAUGAGAAACUUGUGCGAGGGUGGGUUUGGGGAAGGCGAGCCACUGUUGGGGCAGAGCGGCGAGUGUGAGGACACUUACGGGACCGUAGAAGCCAAUGACCUUGGUGAGGAGCCGCAGGGAGGGCAGUCGGGUGAGCCUGGCUCCUGGGGCUCCUGGGCUCUGCCUGUGCACAGGGAAGGGCACGGGAAGAGCUCUGUCACCCCCAGCCCUCGCUGCUCUCUCUGCUGCCAGCCAGCCCCACGCUGCCUGGCAGCCCGACCCCCGAGAGCCUCCCACAGCGCUGGCUGCCAGCACCGCUCUGCAGCUCCCGGCGUCGGUGCUGACUGCAACCGCGAGGCUGAGCAAGUCACGCGGCUCUGCGCAGGAGCUGCCCUGGGCAGUGGGGGCACCUUUCCCCACCGACAUUUGGGUCUUUCUGCGUGCAGCUCCACCCGGAGCACUCGCCCACUCAGCCUUGCGGCGGCAGGUUGCAUUCCCUGGCAGAGCUUACCGGAGCAUCGUGUCCAGCCAGAGCUGCUUCACCUCCUGCGACCUGCAGCACAAAGGAGACCCAGCCUCAGCCCCGCUGCCCCUCCUCCUGCUUGGGACAGAUGCGGCCCCAAACAGCUCUCACCCCCGUGGGCAGAGUCCCCGGGCCAGGGCCGAGCCACGUGGGGCAGGACAGGGGCUCGCGCAGAGCCCUGGGACCUGUCGUCCACACUCACCCAAAGGUCACCACGCAGAGGUUGGUGGGCCAGACGAGGAUGAGGGUGCGGCUGCACUUGAGGCCAAAGACCUCCUCCUCCUCCUCCUCAGGCCUGGCUGCGGCUGCCUCCUCGCUGCACAGCACCCAGAGCUCGCUGAGCCGCACGCGGUGCUUCAGCCAGAAGAUGGAGCCGCACCUGCAGGGAGGCAGAGCAGGGCCUGGGGUGUGGGUGUGCAGCGUGGGGGCCACCCCAGCUGUCCCCCAGGAAGAGCCGUUUCCCAGGGCAGAGCCAUGGGGAGGGUGGCCCCGAGCCCCAGGCAGCAGCAAGGAGCCUCCUUUGCAGCCGCCACGCAGAGGCCGUUGGAGAAGUGGCUGCAGGGCAGUGAUGCCAGCAGCACCCUUGGUGAGGGCCUGCAGGGGAGGAGGACAAGAGCAGGAGCCUGUGCCCUUCUCCUGCCCCCUGCUCUCCUUCCAGAGCAGUGCUGGGCAUGCAGCGUUCCCGCGGGAGACCCUGGCCGAGGCGGUGCUGGGGAGGAAGGAGGGCUGUGGUGGCUCUUCUUACUUGAAGCUGGCGAUGGCGACCGCGUGGGGGAAGAGCAGGAGGUGCCUCUGGCGCGUGCGCUGGUGCCGCGUCACCUGCACAGGGAGGGUGAGCAGGAGCUGGGGGCUCCCGCUGGAGACGAAGGUGCCGAGGGGCGGCGGGGGCCGGGAGGCUGCCCUGCGCCAGAGCCCGCGGCGGGCGCCAGGAGCCACGGGGCCAGGGGCCCCGGGCUGUGCCUGGGUGGCAGCAGCGCCGCGGGCGCCGCAGAUGUUGGCCUGCCCCAUGGCGCCGAGGCCGGGCAGACGGCUGCGGCAGCGCCAGGCACCGACCAGGCCUGCGUGAGGCUGGACACGUGUCCCUGUGCCGGGCAGUGACCCCAGGCUGGGAGCCACCUCUGUCCGCACUGCCCCACGCCAGCGCAGUGCCGCACGGGGAGGGACACGCGCUGGUGGCCGUGGCCGGGUCACUGUGAUGCCACUGUGGCACAUUGUGAUGCGCCGGCUGGGACGGGUGGAGCCCUGGGGGCUGCAGGAGUGACAGGCCAUCUCCCGGCCUCUGUCUCCUCCGAUGCUGGGGCAUUUCCAUGUCUGCAGUCUGGGACAUGGGAGGAACUGUGUUCAGAGUAUGUGCAGUAAAAUGAGUUCUGUAAAGUACAAAAAGAAAACCUCAACUAAAAACACACACCGGGUUUCUGUGUAGGCGCUGGGAUGCUGUGCCUGCUGCCUUUCUUGAAAGCCGUUCCUGAGAGGGCAUUUCCCCCACAGGUUUCCAAAUCACAGAAUCAGCAACUGGUUGAGGUUGGAAGGGACCUUUGGAGAUCAUCUAGUUCAACCCUCCUUCUCACUAACCUCCUUUCAGGUUUGGAAAGGAUGCCAUUAAGUCCCCUCCAGAGCCAACUCUUCUCCAGGCUUAGAUAAAGCGCUACAGCCCCCCGACCAUCGUGAUUACUGUCUGUUGGACUUGCUCCAGCUUAUCGACCUCUCAGGUUAACCAUGGGCAAGCAUGUUAUAGAGUUGGCCAUCAUCCAGUUUCAAUUGGCAUUAAAAGUCAGCUGAAAAACUUCUUUGUUCUUAAAGAACUGGUGUAGUUGCCAGAGCUGGUUUGUAAUUAGAAAUUGGGAAGGAAGGGUUUUGUGGGCGUUCAUAUGCCAACAUUCAAAUAGCCUUGAUCUACAUAGCAUUAGCUUUCUUCACUUUUUCUAGCCGAUCAGCUAGUGAGGAGGUUUGAUUCCUGCCUCUUCUGCUGGGUUCCUGAGUGAUGACGGUUGUGUCCCUGUAGAGAACCGGUUCUCUACAUGCGGUUUUGUCUCGACAUUGCUGUCCCUACACUUAAGGGACAAUAAGGGGCUGUGGGACACUUGGCAAAUAGUCUACAUUGGCCCUUUUCGCCUCUCAGAAGGGAAGAGGCAUGUAUUGGUAGGAGUCGAGGUAAUUUCAGGAUUAACCCAAGCUGAAGCUGUCCCGUGAGCAACAGGGGAAUGGACAGUGAACAGUCUGAAAUCAUGGUUCAGUUGUUUUCCUAAACCCAGAGUUAUCCAAUCAGAUAACAGUAGCCACUUUACUGCCGGAGUAGUCCAAGAAUGGGCACGAGAUGAAGGGAUACAACGGAUUUUCCAUACCCCAUAUUAUCCCCAGGCAAACGGUACUGUAGAACGUACAAACGGACUCUUAAAACGAACCC